AUGCCAGUAGAAUUUCUAACAAGAUACAAAUUCUAUGAAUAUAAAGAAAUUGUAAGAGAGCCUUCAAGACUCACAGAUGAUUUGGGAAUCUCCAAUGAAGCUAAGUCUUAUGAAUGUAAGGAAUGUAAGAGAACCUUUAUUGGAUCCUUACAACUCACCCUGCGUAUGAGAAUUCACAGCAGAGAGAGGCAUUAUGAAUGUGAGGAAUGUGGAAAAGCAUUUACUCUUGCCUCAAUACUCAAGAAACAUAUGAGAAUUCACAGUGGUGAGAGACCUUAUGAAUGUGAGGAAUGUGGAAAAGCAUUUAAUCGAUCCUCAAAUCUCAAUCGACAUAUGAGAAUUCACACUAGAGAGAAACCUUAUGAAUGUGGGGAAUGUGGAAAAGCAUUUACUCGAUCUUCAAACUUCAAUGAACAUAUGAGAAUUCACAGUGGAGAGAGACCUUAUGAAUGUGAGGAAUGUGGAAAAGCGUUUAAUCAGUCCUCAAACCUCACUCUGCAUAUGAGACUUCACAGUGGAGAGAGACCUUAUGCAUGUGAGGAAUGUGGAAAAGCGUUUACUUGCACCCCAAUACUCAAGAAACAUCUGAGAAUUCACAGUGGAGGGAGACCUUAUGAAUGUGAGGAAUGUGGAAAAGCAUUUAAUCAGUCCGCAAAUCUCAAUCGACAUAGGAGACUUCACAGUGGAGAAAGACCUUAUGAUUGUGAGGAAUGUGGAAAAGCAUUUAUUCAAUUGUCAAACCUCACUCAACAUAUGAGAAUUCACAGUGGAGAGAGACCUUAUGAAUGUGAGGAAUGUGGAAAAGCAUUUACUCGAUCCUCAAUCUUCAAUGAACAUAUGAGAAUUCACAGUGGAGAGAGACCUUAUGAAUGUGAGGAAUGUGGAAAAGCAUUUAAUCGAUCCUCCAACCUCACUCGACAUAUGAGAACUCACACUGCAGAGACCUUAUGA